GUGACAUGUGGUCCCAGAGUGUAGUUCUCUUGACUCUGCUUCUUCCAAUUUUUUCUCAAGUUCUAAAAGAUGAAGAUUACAGAUUGCCUUUGGAUAUUCAUCCGAUUUCAUAUAAACUAACCUUGAAUCCGAAUAUAGAGAGUCUUACUUUUGUUGGAAACUUAACAUUUACUUUUAGACCGCUGAAAGAUACACAAACAUUGAUUUUGAAUUCUAAAAAUCUUUUGAUAGGCAUCGGUAAUACUUUUAUGAAAGAUGACACAGGUACUGCAGGACAAAUUAAUCAGGUGAUUGAAAAUAAAGAAUUAGAGAGGAUUAUCAUCAGACCUUUAGGAUAUUUCAUAAAAGGAAUAAUCUACACUAUCAAUUUCAAUUAUGAAGGAAAUAUAACUGAAGACGGUAGUGGCCUGUACAGAUCUAGCUAUGACGAUAGUGGAAAAACAGAGUGGUUCUUGGUGAGCCAGAUGAGACCAGUUCACGCCAGGAAGGUCUUCCCGUGCCUCGACGAGCCGAUCUUCAGGGCCAAGUUCAAGCUGUCGGUGUGGCACACCCGGGGAUACCAGGCCGUCUCCAACAUGCCUCCUGUAGUCACCGAAGUCAUCGGGGAAAGAGCUCUGACUGAAUUCGAGGAGACACCUGAAAUCCCAGUCUUCCUCACCGGCCUGCUGGUGUCCAAGUUCGGUUCGGUGAGCGGAGAACGAGGGUUCGUAUCCUUGGCUGUUCCAGAGGAGGUUCCUUCCGUGGUCUACUCCGCAGAGAUCGGGCCCAAACUGGUCGCGGCGAUGGAGCUCCAGGUCAGCAUACCCUACCCCCAGAAGAAGACUCACCAAGUAGCUCUGCCGCGUUUGGUGCCUGUCGCCAUGGAGAACUGGGGACUCUUCAACUUCAGGAAGGAAAACAUCCUUUACUCUGAUAAGGACUCCCCGACGGUGCAGAAGCAGACCGUGGCUAGGUUCUCUGGUCACGAAGUAUCUCACACCUGGAUCGGCAACUCAGUGACCCUCGCCUGGUGGGACCACCUCUGGCUCAGUGAAAUGUUCGCCAUGUACCUCGAGUAUUUCUUACCUCACAUGGUGGAGCCGCAAUGGAGGAUGGACGAGCAGAUGGCGAUAGACCUGACGUUUGCCGGGCUUGCUGCCGAUUCGCCGCAAGCAGAGCCGCUUACGACCAAGGUGCUCACGCCGCAGCAGGUGUCCGCCAAGUUCUCCGGUCUCACCUACACCAAAGGUCCCGGGUUGUUGCGCAUGGUCCAACACGCCCUCACUCUGCCUUAUUUCUUCAGUGGAGUCAGACUUUACGUCGAAAAAUAUUGGGAAAAGAGCGUGACUCCAAUCAACCUCUGGGAGACCCUCGAAGGAUUCGGCAGCUUUCCGGAAGAUUUGGAUUAUCUGAUGAGCGGAUGGACGGAACAGCCCGGAUAUCCCGUUGUGACAGCGAAUCUUAAGACAGCAGGAGUAGUGCUCACUCAGGAACCAUUUUCAAUUGAUGGGACUAAAGCUUCGAACCUCUCAUGGUGGAUUCCAAUAAACAUUAUGACCUCAGAGGAGAUUUAUCCCGACACGCACGCCAAGUUCUGGCUUCCGCCCAAACUGGCCUUCAAAGUCCCGGCUCCUCGGAAGUGGAUUAUGAUCAAUCCAGAAGGCACUGGUUUCUUCCGGGUGAAAUACCACCCUGAGCUCUUCGCCAGACUCAGCAAUCAGCUGACGACAGACCAUUCCAAACUUCCUCCCCUCAGCAGGGCUAAGCUCAUCGACGACGCAGUCUGGCUGUCGAGGGCAGGACUCCUCAAUGUCCAAUCCGCUCUUGGUCUCGUCAGUUACCUUUCCUCGGAGUUGGACUUCAUCGUCUGGAAGUCCGCUGCUGUCUCUUUGGAUCUACUGGACUCUCUAUUAGCGCAUAGCAAGAUCUACCCAUACUACAAGACUUAUGUCGCUUACUUGGUGAACAAUAUUUACAAUAUAAGUGGGCUUAUGGACUCUCCGAGGGACACCCAUGUCGACCGUGUGCAAAGACAGAUCGUGGCCGAUCUAGCCUGCAGGAUGGGAGUUGACGACUGUAUCAGUAGAUCUCUUCAACACUUGAGUAAUCGCAUCAAAGGAAUAAAGCAUCGGAUUUCUCCAGACGUUGAAGCAACAGUUUAUUGUACAGCAGUGGCUAAUGGUGAAGAUUCUGUGUGGCAGUAUGUUUUAUCAUUGUACCGCAGCAAUCCAAAAGAUAGCGCUCGCUAUUUGUCUGCUCUCUCUUGUUCUAUUAAUUCUGGAAACUUAAAACAAUUUAUUAUUGAUUCCAUACCCGAUCUGACUGCUGACCAAUGGAUCGAAAGGACAACAGCAAUAGCAUCGAGGAAGGAAAAUUCAGACAUCUUGCUCAAUAUAAUUCACAAAAACAUCAACAUUAUAAUUAACAAGUAUGGUACAAGAACGGUGAGCAGAGUAUUGCUUCAAUUUACAAAAUACUUAACUACGAAAGUGCAGGCCGAUACGCUUAAGGAGAUUGAAAGGUUUGGAGUUGGAGGACUCAAUACUGAAAUAACACAAAUAAACAAUCGAAAGGAGUGGCUGGAUAAAAAUGCUCCUCUGAUAGUAAACUUUCUCAGGGAAAAUCAUCAGUUUGGUUUCAUCACUUCAAGAUUACUUCUAUAAUUUGAAAAUGCAGGAAACAAUCGUUAAUUUGUCUGUAGUUACUAGCUGUUAUUCAUAAUUUAAAUUCAUGAAAUUAUUAAAAUUGAAGAAUCUUCCAUAAUAUUACCUCACAUGUAUAUAAGAUGCUUUUGUAAACUAUGUUAUUACACAAAGAUGCAAUCGUAGCAAUCAGUUUUAUCUCCAUUAAAAAUAUUGUAUUUAGUUAUAAACUACUCUUUUAUCAAUAGUUCAGUUUGAUCAAGGUGAUACAUAACUCUG